UAAAAAGAUCAAAGAUAUUACACGUCAUUGGAAUUAAACUUGAACUGUCAUUCGAAUAAAACGAGCGUACUUUUUAUAGGUUAUCUGAGUUCAUUGUAAACGAGUCCAUUACGGUGAUAUCACCACAAACGGUGAAACAAAUCGAGUAAAAAUGGGUUUUUUCACUAAAUUAAUGCGUUUCGUUACCCUACGCGUAGCUGAAGGUAUUGUGAUCAUUUUGUUAAUUGCUUUCAUGCCAAAUUUACCGCCGUAUUGUAAAAUAUCAAAUUCACGAACGAUAACACCUUCCAUGCCGUUAGAAGGGAAAUUAGCCUUAAAUAAUAAAUUAGACAAUGUUGAAAUUUGGCAUAAAGGACAACUGAAUGGUCCUGAGGGUUUCGCCGAUUACGAUGGGGAAUUAUACACUUCAUUGCAAAGUGGAGAAAUCGUUAAAUUAAUAGGGGAACAUAUAAUACCAAUUGUUCAAUUUGGAAAACCUUGUAAAGGACCUUAUCAAGAAAAGAUCUGUGGAAGACCUUUGGGGAUUGCUUUUGAUAAAGAUGGGUUUUUGAUUGCCGUCGAUGCUUAUUAUGGUAUUUUUAAGGUUAAUGUAAAAACAGGAGAUACAACUCAAUUAAUCUCUGUUGAUCAAGAAAUUGCUGGCAAAAAACCAAAACUACCAAACAGUAUUGCUUUAGCUACCAACGGAGACAUUUUUUGGAGUGACUCAAGUACUGAAUUUUUACUCCAAGAUGGAGCAAUAGACUCUUUUGCUGAUGGAAGUGGAAGAUUAAUUCAUUACAACGCAAAAACGAAAGAAAACACCGUUUUAAUUGAUAAUCUUCUCUUUGCUAAUGGUGUAGCAUUGUCUGAAGAUGAAGAUUUCGUUUUAGUUGUUGAAACUGGAGCCAGCGCAAUACAUAGGUAUUACUUGAAAGGUCCUAAAAAGGGAAGUAGUGAUCUGUUUAUUGAUGGUUUACCUGGGUUGCCAGAUAAUUUAAAAUCUGAUGGAAAGGGUGGAUUUUUCGCCCCAUUAGUCGCAAGUCGCGAUUCUGAAAACCCAAUUCCUACACAGUUUUUAGCGCCGUGGCCAUUAAUUCGAAAAUUUAUCUCUAGAAUUUUCGGUUUAACCGAAUUUGGAUUUAACUUGAUUCAAAAAAUUUAUCCAAAUGAAUAUGCAGAAAAAGCUAUUCACUUUGUUGGUCAUUUUUCAUCAUUAUCACUUUUAUUGCCAAAGCGUGUAACUAUUCUACAUUUAUCAAAAAAUGCGGAAAUAAUUCAAAGUUGGCAUACAACGAAUAAAAAAAUCUCUGCGAUUUGCGAAAUGCACAUUUUUAAAGGUCAAGUUUAUCUAGGUACGCCUUUUAAUGAUUACAUCGGAAGAAUUUCCGCUGAUAAAUUGGGAUUGGAAGGUUACGGACUAAAAAAAGAACCGGUCAAGGUUACUCCUCAGCCACCUAAAACAGAAACGAUCACGAGUACAACACCAAAACCGACCACUACAACCGAGAAGCCGACAACAACGACUCCAAAACCGUCCAUACCGCAAAAUAUAAAAGAAGAAAACGUACAAAAAUCAAAUAAAAAUACCCAAAAACCAACUGAUAAUAAUCAGAAACCAAUAAAAACUGGAAAAGUAAAGGAAAACAUUCAAAAACCAACUGAAACAAUGAAAAAACCAAAACCUACAACCACAGAAAAACCAACUGUUACGCCACAAAAGCCAACGAAACAAAAGAACGAUGUUCCCAUUAAAGAAGUAAAAAAAGACAUUAAAGAAGAAGUAAAAAAAACCGUUAAAGAAGACAUAAAAAGUACUGAGAAUAAGAAAGAUGUUCCAAAAACACAAGAAACACCAAACGAUCGUAAACAAGAAAAUGUAGAGAAAACUAAAACAAAGAAUGAAAAGGAAACUGUACAAAAAAUGGGUGAUGGAGUAAAAGACAAGGUAAAAGUGAGUGAAACUAAGACCAAAGACACCAAAAAACGUAUUGAGUUGUAAUUUUGAAGAUAUAUUUGGUUCUUUUGUUUAACUAUUUCUAUUUUUUUAAUAUGUUAAUUUGAUUUUUGGUGAUACUGCUAUCUUUUAAUAUAAAUUUCUUAUUAUAAUCUGCUUGGAAGAAUCAAAAAUAAUACUUUCUAAAAAUACUUUAAAUGAAUUCGAAAACGUUAAUUCGCGAACAUAUGGCAGCUACAAAUAUCAUAAUAACAAUCACUUUCACAUUCCAUAUUUCAUCAUCUGUGAUUUUGUUCGUUUUUAUAUGAUUAGUACAUUGUUUUUUUUUUAUUUCGUUUUCUUUGAUAUUUUCAUCAACGUGUUUUUAUGGUUGAGAAACAAUUCUUUGGAACAAAAUUAUCUGAAACUUCCUGAACUUAAACGCACAUUUUUGGCAAUAAUCAGUAAAGUUAAUGCUGGAGAAGUUUUUUAAAAACUUUUUUUGACCUUGUUUACCUUGAGAUUAUUUAAUUCGAAGCUACACUGAAUAGAUUUGAAACUUAGUACUAAAUUUUUGUAUAUUUAAGCGUUUAAAUUGUGGUAGUUAAUCGCUACAGGUUAUUUUCAAAGGCAUUUAUGUUCUAUUUUUUAAGUAGUUCUUUGUUUAAUAAUUUGUUUUUGUUCAUUGUUGUACUGAAAGUUAAUUAAUAAAGAGUUCCUUAAAAAAUUAAA